CCUUUUAAAUCCCACAUGUCCAGUAGCACUCACUUUCCCUCAUCCGCCACUUUGCUUCCUCCUCCUCCGCCUUCUCCUCUUCCAAUGGCGGAUCGUACGAAACCUAGGAAAUGGUUUUUGGGUGUAUUCCUCCUCUUGGCUCUCUCCGGCGCCGUCUCGGGUGCGAAGGUUGUGAAGGAGCUGCCCGGCUACGAUGGGGAGCUUCCGUUCUAUCUUGAAACUGGGUACAUUGGUGUCGGUGAUAUGGAGGAGUCACAGCUGUUUUACUACUUCGUGGAGUCGCAGAGAAGUCCCACACUGGAUCCGAUAAUACUUUGGCUCACCGGAGGCCCGGGUUGCUCGGUGCUCUCAGCAUUCUUAUACGAAAGCGGUCCAAUCGAAUUCAACUAUGGCGGGUACAAUGGGACCUUACCAACCUUUCACCUUAAUCCCUAUACAUGGACAGCGGGCCUGAGCAUAAUAUAUGUCGAUGCACCAGUCGGAACGGGAUUCUCGUAUUCAACGACAGCAGAGAACUAUGCUAUCAAUGACUACAAGUCCGUGGAUCAGACUUACGAAUUUCUCAGAAAGUGGUUGAUGAAUCACCCUCAAUACUUGGAAAACCAACUGUACGUCGGUGGCGAUUCUUACUCGGGCAUUCCCCUUCCAAUGAUCGUCGAAAAGAUACUCAAAGGUAAUAAUGCUGGAGUCGCGCCAUAUUUGAAUCUAAAGGGUUACGUGCUCGGGAAUCCAAAGACCGAUGAUUAUAUUGACGUCAAUUCACGAGUUCCGUUUGCACAUAGAAUGACUCUCAUAUCCGAUGAACUAUAUAAGGAUGCUAAAGUAGCCUGCGGGGGGGACUAUGUUACUGUAAAUGCUAGCAAUGCAGAAUGCGUAACAUAUAUCGAUGAGAUUGAUGAUAUGAUUCUUGAGAUAAAUUUGAUGCAAAUUCUAGAGCCAAUAUGCAAAACUGCGUCCUCAAGACCUGUAGAAUCAAUAAAGGGAAUUCGAAGAUCGAUGGAGGAGGACUACGAAGGAUUUCUUGCUGCACAAGCUAAUCCUGCUUACUGGUGUCGGGAUUACAAUUAUGUUCUCGCUGGCAUCUGGGCAAACAACAAGGAUGUUCGAGCUGCCCUCGGAGUUAGAGAGGGAACAAAAGGGGUAUGGACAAGGUGCAAUAGCACCUUAGCUUACACGAAGACCGUCACCAGCUCUAUCCCCUACCAUAAAAAUCUCAGCUCGACCGCACUUCGUGCUCUCAUUUACAGUGGGGAUCAUGACUUGUCUGUGACACACAUCGGUACUCAAAUCUGGAUCCAUUCUCUGGACUUGACUGUCUACACCGAUUGGAGACCUUGGUUCGUCGACGGGCAAGUAGCAGGGUACACAGUAGAAUACAUCAACGACGAUUUCACCCUCGACUACGUGACUGUGAAGGGUGCAGGACAUGUUGCUCCAGAGUACAAACCGAAGGAGUGUUACGAGAUGAUGGAUAGAUGGCUUGCUACUUAUCCUUUCUGAUAAUAAUCAAUUCAACUGGAAGAACUUCACUAAUAAUAAAGAAGUUCGAUUCCUUCUUUUUUUUUUUUUUCCGGAUGAAUAAGUUCGAAUUCUUGCCAGUUGAGCAAGCUAGCCAUAAUUUUUGUGGACAUGUAGAAGUAUGUAUGAUGAGCACCUUGUAAGAGCUAGUCUCUGUUUAUCAUAUAUACCAGCUUUUGAGGCUCAAUUCGAUGUUUGAAAAUUCGGUAUUUUUGAUAUAA